UUCCAACGGGUCCAAUGUUGCAGCCAACAACAUGCAGCAAACAGCAACAGCAGAGGCAGCAACCAGUAAUUGCAACAGCAGCGGCGGAAGGAGCAGCUAAAGAUCAUGGAGCCUUAGCAGCAGCAACUGUAACAGCAGCAGGAGCAGCAGGAGCAGCAGCAGCAGAAGUAGCAGCAGGAGCAGCCGCAACUGCAACAGCAACAGCAAGCCGCAACACUUGGUGCCACAGCGACAACAUGUUGUCCGUAGGCCACAGCCGCACCAGCAGCACAACGAUAGACUUCAACAGUCGCCGGCGGAGGGGGCGCCUACGAGGACACGUCCACGCCCCCUUUGUCCUGGCGGAGAACAAGCAACACCAAGCUACGAUACUGGACGAGUGUGUAAAUAUUUUCAAGCGCUUAGUAUUAUUAACAUUAAAAACAAUAUCAGCAACAACAAUAACGACGAAAGCCAAGUCAAGAAGCAGAACGGCAGCAGCAGCAGCAGCAGCAGCAGCGAUACCAGCUGUCAGUGCAACACCUGCAACAUCUGCAACAUCUCGUGGUGCCUCCGUGGAUCAGCUGCUCCCUCCAAGCAGCCGCAGCCGCAGCAGCUGCAGAAGUCGCUGCCUCCGCCUGCCGAUCUACAGCAUCCUGCUGCUGUGCCUGGCCACCCAGGGAUUGGGAUUCGGCGAUGCGGCCAAGCCCAAGUCGGCCAAGCAGCACUUUGGCGGCAGCGGCAACAGCAACAGCCCGAACCAAAACCAAAACCAGAACCACAACGAUGUCCUGGGCGGAGUGGGUGCCCCAUCGCAGACGUCCGGCGAGGACGAGGCCGAGAUCAUGUACCCCUUCCAGUCCGGGGAGCAGAUGUUCGGCCUGGAGGAGGACCCGGACCAGGACCAGGACCAGGAGCUCAACUCCAAUGCAGUGCCCGGCUCCGACGAGGAUAAUGCGGCCAAUCAACGUGGUAUCAAUGACACGCACAACGACAACUCGACCACCACGAAAACGCCACUAUUCCCGAAAGACCUAUUCACGAAAGAACAGCUUGAGAACGGCGCUGUCAUCCUGCACAUCAUUGGGGUGAUUUAUAUGUUCGUGGCGCUGGCCAUUGUCUGUGAUGAAUUCUUCGUGCCUUCCCUUGACGUCAUCAUUGAAAAGCUCGGCAUCACGGACGAUGUGGCCGGCGCCACGUUUAUGGCGGCGGGUGGCAGUGCCCCCGAGCUCUUCACCAGUGUGAUUGGCGUUUUCGUGUCGUUCGACGACGUGGGCAUUGGUACGAUCGUUGGCUCCGCCGUGUUCAACAUCCUGUUCGUGAUCGGCAUGUGCGCCCUCUUCUCGAAGACGGUACUAUCGCUCACCUGGUGGCCUUUGUUCCGCGACUGCUCGUUCUACAGCAUCAGCCUGCUGGUGCUGAUCUACUUCUUCCGGGACAACCGCAUCUUCUGGUGGGAGGCCCUCAUCCUGUUCACCAUCUACAUCGCCUACGUGGCCUUCAUGAAGUGGAACGUCCAGGUGGAGACGUGCGUCAAGAAGAUGAUUACCAAAAACAAGGUGACUCGCGUCAGAAGUACAGAUCAACUUAUGCCAGCAGGUAAUGCGGCCAACUCCUCCGAAACAUCGAUGGCCACCCAGCCGGGCGGCUCCGUAACAUCGCGGGCGGCGAGCGAAACCCGCUCCGGCCCGCCCGGAUCGAGCAAUGCGGGCGCCACAGGUAAUAGCAGCGGUAGUACUCAGACCGGUGCCAAGUUCCGCCACGGCCUGUUACAGCUAAUGAUACACACGAUAGAUCCACUACACGAUGAUGAUGUUCCAGGCAAAGUGGACGAAAAGGCGACGCAGCUGCACGCCAUUGCCUCGCUGAAGGUAUUGCUGGACGCCACCAAGCCGCAGCGCGGUGGUGCCACCACCUCGGCGGCCAACCACGUCAAGAUCAACCUCAAGGAGACCACGCUCGCCGAUCGUCCCAAUGGGAACAUCGACACCACCCUCGACUCGCCAUCGUUGAGUGGUCGACGUCCUAGCUGGAUUGAGCAGAGGGUCAAAAUUCAGACACGCAAAUUUAGCAUCAAAGCGCCCGAAAUCGAGGAUGAGCCGGAGCCCCUGAGCAUGGCCUGGCCGGACACGGCGCGGAAGCGGCUCACCUACGUCCUGGUGGCCCCGCUCCUGGUGCCCAUGUGGCUCACACUGCCCGACACGCGGACGCCCCGCGGCAAGCGCUUCUUUCCGGUCACCUUCAUCGGCUCCAUCGUGUGGAUAGCGGCCUUCUCCUACCUGAUGGUCUGGUGGGCCAACGUGGCCGGCGACACGGCGCGCAUUCCGCCCGAGGUCAUGGGUCUGACCUUCCUGGCGGCGGGAACCUCCAUUCCGGACUUGAUUACCUCGGUGAUAGUGGCACGCAAGGGAUUCGGCGACAUGGCCGUGUCCAGUUCCGUGGGCAGCAACAUAUUCGACGUGACCGUGGGCCUGCCGAUCCCGUGGCUGCUCUACGGAAUCAUCUACGGGGCGCCCGUGGAGGUGAACUCGGUGGGCAUGGUCUGCUCCAUAACCAUCCUGUUUAUGAUGCUGGUGUUCGUGGUGAUGUCAAUCGCCUGCUUCCGCUGGCGCAUGAACAAGGGGUUGGGCUUCACCAUGUUUCUGUUGUACUUUGCCUUUGUCGCCGUGUCGCUGAUGUUCGAAUACGAUGUGAUCACUUGCCCCUUCUAAGGGGCAGGGGCAAAGACAAAAGCGCUUAACAGUUACCGAGUUCAGGGUAACGAUCGAACUAACGAGAUACAGCUACCAAGGAUUGCAUGCCAAGGAUGCCUGGAGAUGCCGCCGAGGAGGAAGCGAGACGAGAACCCCGUCAGUCGCACACCCAAUUAGCUAAAUUAUAUACAAGCAAAUUAAUGAAUGAUUAACAAAUUAAUUAACAAUGGACUAAAGCUAAAUAAUCGAAUUGUUAAACAGACAAACACACCGCCACACCGCCACACAGACUCACACUCACUCACAGAUACACAACACCACCAAAACCGAAUCAAAUCGAGCAAACACACCUGCUGAAGCGAUAAUGGAAAAAUAACGAAAUCGAAAACUUAACGUUAACAAAAUGCGAGUUAGUUAGUGCCAGCGUUUCUUUUUCGAAAGACAUUUACUUUAAAGUGUUUAGCGCAGCUUUUUAACGCAAGCAGCCCCCUCCAAUCCUUAACUCUAUGAAUCUUUGCUCCCAACUAUCGUAUCUAUGUAUCUAUGCCCUAAAUACCAAACUAGCGAGAAGGAAACACGACAAUGGCUUCCCAACCACUUACUAACUAUGUAUCUACCUAACGUUUGGGUUUUAACUACAAGCAUAAGAAAACCAGCAAAAGUAUGUAUCAACAAAUAUAUAUGAUUAUCUCGGCACAAGGCACCCUAUAUCCUAUGUACGGUACGAUACGAUACGAUACGAAACGAUAUGUUACGAUACGAUACGAUAAUGGAAAGCAGCCUCCAGGUUUUGUGUUGAGCUCUUUCGUUUCGUUCGAUCGAGCAGAAGCCCUUCAUUUGCGUGCUCUACUAAGAUUUCUCCUAAAAGCUUUAUCCAGAGCCUAUCUAAACUCUAUCUAGUUUACGACUUAUAAACAUAAUACUUAUAUACCCACUCACACGCACACUUACAUGGCAUACUAUAUAUUGACCUGUAUUGAUUAAGUGAUAAUUUGCGUACUUAUUGAACAAGCAAACGAACAAAUCGAGAACUCUCAAAGUAAGCUACAAUUAUACUCGAACUCAAAACUAAAUCGAAUCGAAUGUAGGGCAUACUUAAAAUAUUUUGCUAAGAAGCAUUUGCCACACAUCCAGACCAGGGCAUUAUGAUUAUCGAUUACACUGAUUCCAGUCCGAUGCUAAUUCUAAUUCUAAUUCUAGUUAUGAUUAUGAUUCUAGUUCUGAUCCCGAUUCUAGUCCUAAUUCCAGUUCUGAUUCAUGUUGGCGUUUAGAGGGAGCAGAGUUUAAAUUUAACUUUAAAUUGAAGCCAUAUUUAUUAUAGACUACUUCAAAUCCAAAACAAAAACUAAGCCUAUGAAAACAAAAAAAAAAACAAAACAAAAAACUAAUUUCAUAUACUUUUUGCUUAAUGAAGUCCCCCAAGUACAUAUAUAUGAGCAUAUUAACGUAUUUAUAUAUAAACGACAUAUAAGACGAUAUUUAACGAAUAUGAAAGAAAAUCAACUUGCUCUCUUUAUUUAGAAGGUACGUAACAUUUUUCUAAACUAAAACCCUAAACUCGUAAAACCAAGUGGCCGCAAAACCGAUGAAAUGCAAAUGGAAAGAAACCCAAAUAAUUUAAAGCGCAUACAUAUAUACACCUUAAUAUAAACAUACAUAUAUAAUAUAUAUAUUUUAUAUAUACCAGAAGAUAACUUACUAUAUAUAUAUGCAACUAUACUUAAGUAGGCAAUGUAUCUAACGGAUAUCCAGACGUUUGCAUAUGGCUCGCAGUCAAGUUGAGGAAGCGACAGAACACAGAUACAGAUACAAAAUACAAGAUACAGAUACAAGCACACACACGUACACUCAAAACAGAAAGCAAUAAUUUUUAAUACCAGUGAAAUUAGACGAUUCUGCAGAGGCAUCGCACUAUAUGCAUACUAUCCUAUAUGUACGACAUGCGAGAAUCUCACUGCGAAAAUACGAAAAUCGAGACCCAAGACCGUACAUUGAGGCCAAGUCAGCUCAGCAGCAGUGGUAACGCAUCGGAAAUAAUUAUAUAUGCAUUCACAUUCGCAAAAUUAUAUACUGCAUCUGCUGAACAAUGCGAUGUGCAGAUGCACAUGCAGAAUUAACGUAACUAAGUGGCUGCUCUUACACCCCAUGGGUGCAGUGCAUUCGAUUGCACACCGAUAUAAAUAUACGAGUAUAUACAUAAAUGAUAAUAUAAUAUAUGCAUGUAGGAUAUGGACGGGUCAGAGGUCACGGCAGAGCAGCGGACCGGGAAAGGAGCAGGCAGCGAGCGGAUUGUCAGGGAACGAGGUGGGGGCAUUGUAUAAAAAUCGAACGAGGCUUACACCAGGUCGUGCCCUCUCCACACAGAAGACUCCACAUCACCUCAUCUGCCCAAAAGUAGUCCUUGUGCCACUCCAGCUCGGAGUUGGCUGAGAAGCCUUACAUUUCCCUAUAAAUUCUAUUCGGUUGUCCUGAAAAAUAAAUAUUAUUACAUAUUAUCUUAAUCUUACCUCCAAACUUCUCCUUGACUCUACUCUUACCUAAACCCUUUCCUCAGUAUUUUUUAAAUAAUUUUUCUAUACCUUUAUAAAAGCUUGUUCUUCAAGAAAUUAGGCCUAAUCCACUACCUUUUUAUAGUUAUUCUACCAUAUGCAUACUUUUCCUCUCAGCCACUCCAUGGGUUUGUCAUCGUAGCUCGUAGUUCCAAAGUGUCGACUUUCGCCCUUCUCUAUAGAUAUAUACGCCCUUGCAUCGUAUAUAUCCCAACUAGCAAGCUCACUUCUCACGAGUAGAUUGCCUCGGUCGCCAGGCUUUAACAGAGACAACUUCCAAGAACAAACAACAAAUGAACUUAAACUUUUAUACAUGCUGUGUGUUAAAACUGAAGACAACAGGCUACCAAAAACCUAAAUCGAAUAGAAGAAAAACCUUAAAAAAAUAUCUUCCAAAUUAACUUUAAACCAAGUCAUAUUUAUUAAUUAAUAAUAAAAUACUUGAGAACGAAACACUCACACUUAACUACAACUUUUUAGAACCUAAUAACGAGGAAAUGGAAAGCACACCCAGCAAUUACUUGUACUGAAGAUUUCCCUCACUCACUCCCACUCACAUCUAAGCCAUCAUACAUACAUACAUAUCGCCCUGCCUAAAAAGAUACAAAAACACAAUUUCCCAAAGUAAAUCAACAGAAUUUAAAACAUUAGGUCGAAGCGAUUGCUUCGGGGAUUUUCUCUCACCACAAAGCCCACAAAGGCUAAACACGAAAUCAAAGGAAAUGCGAUCCUCCGUCAGGAAAACCCUUCUCCAUCCGAAUUUUCCCCUCCCUUCCAUCCGAAAUCAUUAGCCAACAACGCACACACACCACACACAAUUGUCGAGAGGCGUAGAAGUCUCGCUUUAAAGCAACGUAAAUAAGAGGAAAUAUAUACAAGAAUAUAUAUAUAUACAGAUAUAUAUAUAUGAAAUUGUUAUGGUUAUAGAUUUUUAACAAGUUGAAUAAUUGCGUAAAAAGUAAAAGUGAAACAAAAACACAAAAAAAUUGUUGAAACAUUAGCAAAAGCGUUCAUAAAACACAAACGAAUGGUAAGAAAGGACAUAAUAAUGAAGACAAAACGAAGCCGAACAAACCAAAUCGAAUCGAAAGAUAUAGUAAUGCUAUAUAUACUUUAUGAAAUAUUUAACUAUGAAAAUAAAAAUCAUUGUUUGAAAUUAAAGUGAAAAAAGUAAACUUACAAAAAAAAAACAAAAAAACCAAAAGAAAACCAAUUUUGUGUUUGCUAAUUUUGUGUCCUCAACCAAAUUUUGAGUUUGCAGAAAAGUCAACCGUAAGUACACCCAAUUGAUUCGUAUGUUUCUUAAACGUAAUUGGCAUGAUUAGAUACUCAAUGUUCGAUGUUUUCAAAUAAAAUUAGCAAACACAAGCACAGACCAUUCGGAAGCAUUUCAAGAGAUCUGAUCUGGCCUAGUACUAAUCACGCUCUCGAGUCAAUCACCUAUAACAAUCGUCUUGAUCAACAAAUACCGAUAUACCACAUAACGUCUACGAGUAUAAACGAACGAGCACAUAAUCAUUAAUUUCAGCUUUAAAUAAUCUACGAACUAGACCUAAACCGUAUAUGGAACACGCGGAUAUUUAUUAACUUUUAUAAGCCAGUAUAUGUACCAUAUACCGUAUACCAUAUAGCGAUCGCGCGCCCCAAGUGGAUUACUUUUUUAAUACUUAAUACGAUUACGAAUACAAAUAGAACACGCGAAGUGCAAUGUAUGCAAUACUUAUAUUCGAUUAUAUUUACAAUAUUUAGAGACCGUUUCAAGUUGCGUCCGUUGUUUAGACAGAGAAACACAGCAAACAAUAAAUUGUCAGUCAGUUGCCAGCGGCUUCGAUUUGAUUUCGAUUUUUCGUUCGAUGUGCGGAAACCAAACGAUUACCGAUUAACGAUUAAACGAAAAUGCAACUAUGCGAGUAUGAAGCAAAUAUGAUACAUGAAAUCCAGUAAAAAGUAAUAGUUAACAUAUUGGUAGACUAAUUUAAAGAUUUUAUAGCGUUUUCAAAUUUAUAAGUGUAUAAACCGGAUGCGUUUAUUAUUGGUAAUGCCAGCGAUCAGCCGAUCGGCAUCGGACGUCAGCAGAUAUAGCGCGUGAACAUAUAGCCGUCGUGUGUAAUACAGUUAUCAUUACCCACCAAAAUAUGUAUAUUUUCCGUUGUUGAGUUUCGAUCGUUGCACUUUUGAAUUUUACCUUAGGAGUGUGUAUUUUUUCGAGACAAAAACACAAGCGGACCGAUCGAUAGUGCAGACGGGUGUGUAAUUUUAAUAGCGAACAAUGAGAGUAUUAUAAUAACAGACAUUAAUUUUAACAACUGAUACGCUUCUAGCACAUAAGAUUGUACAAAUGAUUUAUACGAAUAAUACGAUAACCCAUGAAAAGAAAGCGGAAAAAGGGAGUUACAGUCGGUCAGAUAUUCAGUUGAUCCAGUCUUAGUCAUCAAAGAAAGUACAUCCCCCUCCCCUAACUCACAUUAUCUAUGUGGCGAGCCUGUGAGCUCGUAUGAUGAGUACAUAUGAUGCAAUACAGCGAGUUAUUUACUUUAUACAAGUACGUCUAGUUAACGACAUUUAGAUUUUAUACAAGACACACCCAGCAGCGCAGUCAUUCGGUACCCAAAACCCCAACCGAACCGAACCAAACACCCCAGCAGACUCAUCAGUUAACAGAUAUCAUCAAAAUGGAGCAAGGAGUAAAUGCAAAUCAAAUAUAUAGUCAAUUUCUAACGAUACAUGCAAACAUAUAUGGCUGGCACUCACGAUAUAUAUAUAUAAAACAAAAGUAUAUGAAGUUAUAUAAAGCAUUUUAAGGAGCGUAAACUGGAGGAGGCGCAGAAUAGAGCGGGGUGAAGGAAAGGCCCCCAACAACUUAUGUAAAUCAAAACGAAGCUAUAGCGAAUAAACCGAAAUGUUAACUAGUUAUUUAGGUGAAAUAUACAACAAACCACACUCAGAUGCAGUGCAGAUGCAGAUGCAGAUGCAAAUGCAGCGCAGAUACAAUACAUUUACAUCGAACCGUUAACAAGGCUUUGAAAGCUCAGAAGAAUUACUCAAGCAGACACUCGAACACGACACAAGGACACGAAUGUUCAAAAAGUAAGUUGAGUUGUAGCAGAGCCGCAGCAAACGAAGAGGGCCGUUUAACAAACUUUUGUUAUCAACCAAGAAAAGAAAGCAAAACGAAAUGCGACUGCAAGUAAGCAGGCUGCGAAACAAAAAACGAAGUUAAUGUUCAAACUAACUAAUAUAUAACGAAUAUUAUAUAAUACAACAAACUUAGACUGUAUGUUAUUUUCUCAAUACAAUACCUAUAAAAACAAUAAAAACAGAUUCAAUAAAAUGAGUUAUCCAAUGGCA